UGCUGCUCCCUCUUCGACGUCUCCCACAUGCCGCAGACCCGGGUGUACGGCCGGGACCGCAUCAGGUUCAUGGAGAGCCUGGUGGUGGGGGACAUCGCCGAGCUGAAGCCGGGACAGGGCACCCUGACACUGCUCACCAACGAGAGGGGCGGCAUCGUGGACGACCUCAUCGUCACCAACACGUCAGAAGAUCUCCUCUAUGUGGUGUCCAACGCCGGCUGCGCCGACAAGGACUUGGCCAUCAUGAGGGGCAGAGCGGCGGAGCUGCGGGCUGCUGGCGGUGACGUCCACCUGGAGGUGUCUGACAACGCGCUGCUGGCUCUGCAAGGUCCCUCCAUGGCACGGGUGCUGCAGGCAGGGCUGCCCGAUGACCUGGCCAAGCUCUCCUUCAUGAACAGCAUCACUACAACGGUCUUUGGUGUGCCAGGCUGCCGGGUCACGCGCUGUGGCUACACCGGCGAGGACGGCGUGGAGAUCUCGGUGCCCAAAGGGCGGGCGGUAGAGCUGGCCGAGCAGCUGCUGGGUGUCCCCGAGGUGUGGCCGGCAGGGCUGGCAGCCAGGGACAGCCUGCGCCUGGAGGCUGGACUCUGCCUCUACGGCAAUGACAUCGAUGAGACCACCACACCUGUUGAGGCCGGGCUGCUGUGGACCUUGGGGAAGCGCCGGCGCACAGCCAUGGACUUCCCCGGCGCGGCCAUUAUCAUGGCGCAAGUGAAAGAGAAGCCGAAGCGCAAGCGCGUGGGGCUGACAUCGGUGGGACCCCCCAUCCGGCCCCACACGGCCAUCCUGGGCCCCGAAGGCACACCUGUGGGCACAGUGACCAGCGGCUGCCCCUCACCCUCCCUGGGCAAGAACAUCGCCAUGGGCUACGUGGAGGCAGCGCACAGCCGGGCCGGCACUGCACUUACCGUCGAGGUACGGAAGAAGCAGCACCCAGCCCUCGUCACCAAGAUGCCCUUCGUGCCCACCCAGUACUACACGGCCAAGUGAGGCCAGCGCCCACCACAG